AAAUGGAACAUUUUGAAUCUGGGCACCAGUAGGAUUUCCCAUGAUCAUGAAAGCAGCAUGUUGUGGUGAAACAAUACAAAUCCAGUUUGGCUUUCCCCAGUUUCAUGAAUGCAGCACAUGCUGACAGGGUGCUGGUGGUGUUCGAAGCCCCGAAUCUUGGAUGGUGUGAACACGCCCCUAAUAGUCAUGAAUAAUGCUCGCGGACGAUGAGGAGGUGGUGAUGUCUCUUGAAGAAGUUCUGUAGAAAGAGACUCUCUCGCGCACACACACACACACAGACAGACAGACACACGCAAACACACUCACAUAUACGAGUCAUCGGAACUGUCAAUCACCCAGGCGGCGCCCUUUGAUGUCGGGGGUCCUCGUCUUGCCCUGCUCACUCUUGCGGGAGAACGUCAGUCCUCCUCCAGGCGGCCGCGGGACGCCACGGAACAACUUUACCCCGUCUUCUUCCGGACUUUUCAAGAGGACAAACUCGCAGAUUUGACGUCUCUUUUUCGACUUUUUUUUAAACCCUUUGGUUUUGAUUUUGUUGGACACACUUCAUAAAAGUGUCCCCGGACGUGGACAUGCCUCAGCAUGGGGGGGACGACCUGGGAGCCACCGACGAGAUGAUCGCCUUCAAGGACGAAGGCGAGCAGGAGGAGAAGGUCCACCAGGAGUGCGCCUUCACCGAGCAGGACCUGGCAGACCUCAAGUCGUCGCUGGUCAACGAAUCCGAGAUCCACCAGCACAGCACGGGCGGCCCCGCCGGCUGCGGCGCCUCGUCGGCGGUGAGACGGGGGCAGCCGACCGAGCAGCAGAGGGGCUUCCCGGACAAGCACAGGGAGCAGCUCGACGCCGCAUCCAAGCAACAAGAUGGCGGCGUGUACAAGACGCCGGCGUACUCUGGCUACCCUUUCCUCAUGCUGCCGGACCCCUACCUUCCCAACGGCUCCGUGUCGCCAACGUCCAACAAAGUGUCUGUUGUGCAGCAGCCCCACGGCAUGCACCCGAUUACGUCGCUGCUGCCUUACGGCAACGAGCACUUCGGCGGCAGCCCGCCGCACCUGCCCACCGACAUGAGUCAGAAGACUGGUGUUCACAGGCACCAAUCCCAGGACCUUUCAGGAUACUACCCUCUCCCUUCAGGCGGUGUUGGACAGAUCUCACCCUCUAUGGGGUGGCAGAAGCAGACGGUGUACCCCGCCGUUCUGUCAUCGUGCGGCUUCCGACAGUCCUUCCCCUCCAAUCUUCCUGCCGCCUCGUCCUACACCAGGUACUGCGGCAGGUUCUCUCACUCACUGAUGCUAGGCCCAUCCGGCAUGCACCCCACGGGCAUCCCGCACCCUGCCAUCGUGCCCCCUUCGGGCAAGCAGGAGCACGAGCAUUACGACAGAGGCAUGUAUGCGAAACCACACGUGGAGGCCAAACGGGAAAAGGAGCCCAAGAAGCCUGUCAUCAAAAAGCCACUCAACGCCUUUAUGCUCUACAUGAAGGAGAUGAGGGCCAAAGUCAUCGCCGAGUGCACGCUCAAGGAGAGCGCCGCCAUCAACCAGAUACUCGGACGAAGGUGGCACGCGCUGACGCGUGAGGAGCAGGCCAAGUACUACGAGUUGGCACGCAAGGAGAGACAACUGCACAUGCAGCUCUACCCCACCUGGUCUGCACGUGACAACUACGAGGCGGCAGGCGAAAAGAGUAAAGCCGAUUGGGGAAAGAAGAAGAGGAGGAAAAGGGAGAAGCAGCAAGACUCCAACACAGAGCCUGGCUCCCCUAAGAAAUGUCGAGCUCGCUUUGGCCUCAAGCAGCAGAUAGAUUGGUGCGGUCCCUGCAGGAGGAAGAAAAAGUGUGUUCGCUACCUUCAAGGAGGAGGCUGCGCGAGCCCAACUUGUUCACAUUUAAGUGCCGUAGACUCCACGCCGCCGCCUUCGCCCGCCGCCCUCGCCCGCGGAUCCCCUUUUCAACAACAACUACAUCAGCGUCCCUGUCGCCCCCCUCCUGCCGCGGCCCUGGCCAAACGCAAGCUGUCAGCCACGUGACUCGCGUCGCUUGCUUUCAUGGGUGACCAGGAGGAAAAAAAAACACAAUUUAAAAUUUGUACAGCAGGGAGUUGCCGUGUUUAAAAAAAUAAUAAUAAUAAUAUAGAAGUCCACACAAACACAAGUUUCUAGCCUAAUAGCCAUCGUGCUUAAGUUAUUUUUUAGCAUUUUCAACAACAAAAAGAAACUCCUUGCCUGGAGUCAACUUUUUGCGUUAACAAAAAUUUUUAGCAAGCACAUGAGCCUUUUGUAUUCACAUUGCAACAACAGGUUUGAAAUGACUUAGGCAAAUUAGGCAAUUAGACUAACAGAAUAUUCUUUCAAAACACUUUUUCAUCAUUUUUGCGCAUUUACAGGAAACCGAUUUUUUUCGCUCUCUUUAAAAAUGGUAUCUGAAUACAAGUAAGAUUACAAGAUUUAAUUUGUUAUUUUUGCAAAGACAAAGCAGAACUUUUUGUUUUUAUCUUAAAAAGGAUUGAAUACAUUUCAAUCAGGAAACUUUAAUGAGCAUUUUUGUCUGGUUUCAGGACAAAUUAAAGAUCUUUUGUCCUAACAUCUUUUUACAAAGGAAAACAAUCUUUCUAUUUAAAAACAACUAUUAUAAUCAAUAAUACAUGAACUAAAUAUAUUUGUUGUGUGUUUCAGAUGAAAAUCUCACCAUUUGUAUUAGGUAACUUUCCAGUCUUUGUGUAUUUUAGCAACUGAAAUACCAGCAAGUCCCUUCUCACUCCGUUCCCCCUUUUCAGACUUUUAAAAUCAAUGUAAGGGGUUAUGGCGCCCUCCGGUGGUUUGGCAUGCACCACACACCCAAACUGCGUACUUGGAGCAGACACGAGGAACAAAUGUGUUUGAAAAGAAAUAUUUAGUGUCUGUGUGGACUUUUAGAGCCAUACAUCGAUUCUUCCUCCUCAUAGUGUGCGAUCAAAUGUUUCAACUAUUUUAGGCACUUUCACUCACUUUCAUAUUUUGUCCUGGCUUCUUUCAAAGGUCAGAAAUUUUGCUGGUGGCCAAACCUGUGAGGGAUUGCGAUCUUUAAUUUUUUUUUCCCCCUCUUUGUUUUGACUGAAUAUUUUGUCAACGAUUUCAAAGACGACCAAAUAGGUACUAUUGUAUUAUGUGUUGUAAAAUUUGUUUUUUUUCUAUCAGUGUCAAGAAGGUCCUGUAGUUAAUUAACUUGUGUAAGUUUAUGGGGGGGUAGAAACAUUUUUAGUCAUGUCCGUACCUUAAAGCAAUAUUUUCAAGUGUUUUGUUAUUGUUGCAUUCACAUAGCAAGUUCUCAUUUCUGCGAUGAUGCUUUUAAAUGUCCCACCAAAACACACCUGAACGCUGUCUUUUUUUUCAUAUCCAUUUUAUCAGUUCUUAUGUUGAUGUAUUAAAAUUGUUAUAUAUA